CCUCCGGCCUGCGGGCAACGCGAGACAGCCCCGAAGCACCGCGAGAUUUCGCGCUCAAGGCGCGCCCGGGCCGAGACUGCGCCCACCACAGGAUCGCGAGAGCUGGGCAAGGGGUGGUCCCAAGUGACGUCAGCCUUGGUGACGGCCGAGCGUCGCUGCGUAGCAACCAGGAGUAAAAUGGCAGGGUUGGUUCUCUGUGAGCCCACAGAGCUUUACAACAUCUUGAACCAGUCCACGAAGCUCUCCAGGUUAACUGAGCCUAACUAUCUCUGUUUACUGGAUGCCCGUACAAAGCGUGAGUACAAUGAAAGCCAUGUGAUUACAGCAAGAAGGGUUAAACAGAAUCCUAUGGGGGAUUAUCUGGUACCUGACUCAGUUGAGCUGGAGUGUGUCAAAUAUUGUGUCGUGUAUGAUGGCAAAACCAGCUCUUUGGAUGAUAUCUAUUAUGAUGAUUACGAAGAGAAGAAGGAGGAUGAAAAAGGGACUAAAGCUGCCUCAGAGAUCGCAGGAGAUGAAUCCAGUUCUUCGUGUUCACAAAAUGCUGAGGUAGGGGCUGCCAUCCAGUGUGCCAGAGUCUUAGAGCAGUUCACCCGCCACCCAGUCCGCAUCCUGAAAGGAGGGUAUGAGCGCUUCACUGCGUGCUACCAUUUCUUGAGGACUCAGAAGAUAUUCUGGAUACCUCAGGAACUGGAUGCUUUUCAGCCCUACCCUGUAGAGAUAUUGCCGGCUCAGUUAUAUAUGGGAAAUUGCAGGCAGGCCUGUGACCCACAGAUUCAGAAGGAUCUGAAAAUCAAAGCACAAGUCAACAUCUCAGAGGAGAUUGCAACACUUUUCACAGAUGAAAGCAAAACACUUCUUCAUGUUUCUGUGGCAGAUUCUCCCGAUGCAGAUCUUUUUUCCUUUUUCCCCACCAUUUGUCACUUCAUAGAUGCUCAGAUGGUUCUUGGAGCAGUUCUGGUUUUCUCUACCCUGGGUCUAAGUCGGAGCAGCACGGCGGUAAUGGCCUUCCUCAUGCAUUCAUCCCAUUAUCCCUUAAAGACCUGCCCAGAAGCCAGGACUACAGACAUGGCUGACUGGAAGAAUUACAAAUCUAAGCAACUCUGCUCUCCUGAAUCUCAGAGAGAGAGAGACUUUCUGAGUCUGGGAGCUACCGUGACCUGGCUUUGUCCCUUACUCUUGCGGGAUAUAGGAAGUCCAGCCCACCCUGUUUGUGGAACUCUGGCUUUGUGCCCUAAAGCUGAGAGGGCUUGGAAAUACAUCCAGAAAUGCAAAACAAACAUGAGACCAAACCGUGGCUUUGUGCAACAGCUGUCCGACUGGGAAAGCCAAAUCUAUGGGUCAGCGAUCACAGAUAUCUCCGAACCACAUUACUGACAGGCAGCAAGGAGAACAUCCAACAGGCAAAGAAGCCUUUCCGUCUGUACCACAGUUUAACUUGGGCUGUAUUGUUUAGGUAAGGUUUGACUAGAAUUGGUUGCUGUGAGUAAAAUAAUAAGAAUAAUAUCGUAAUCGGAACCUUUAGGAUUGGUUUUCAUCUUCGCAUGUUAUUAUUUGGGGGCCAUCAUUUGGGAUCCAAUCCCUUGUUCAGGCAAAUUUGCUGAACAGUCAGUGGGAGUUGUGCAUGAAUAACGACUUCAGGAUUUGGCUCGUUUUGUUUUAAUUGUCACUUCUGUUGGCUAGGUCAAUUGCGGGCUGAUUAUCAAAAUGCUGAGCACCUGCAGCUCCCAUUGAAGCCAGUAGGGGCUGUUGGUGAGCAGCAUCAUUGAAAACCCAUCCAGGGAUCGCUGCCCUUGGAUGGUAAAUGGGUACUUUACCAGACAAACAGAUAAAUACGUGAUACAGAAUUUCAACAGUUCAGGAAUUAAUCCAUUACAAAUGCAUUCUCUCAGCUGUACAGUCCAAUCCCAAAAUGGAGUUAUGCCUUCACACCCCCAUGUAUCUCCCAUUGAUUUAUUUGGGCCCAGGCUCUCCAGCCUUGCCUCCUACUUGCCUCCUCAUAUUGCAACAGUCAGACUUCUUUGCUUUGAAGUUCUAUUUGAAGCUCCAGUCCUAUUAUAUUAAGCCAAAUUAAAGUCCUGCCCAAGCUGAUUCCAUCCCCAGAAUAGCAAGAAGAUGGACCCCUGAAGGCAAGCGAAAACGAGGCCGCCCGAAAACAGCACAGCAAAGAGCUAUGGAACCACAGCGGGGGAACCAUUGAAAGCCUUGCCAGAAACAGACAGGAGUGGGGGAGCUUCGUCGCUGCCCUUAACACCAGGGGUGUAAUGGGAACAUGAUGACGAUGAAGUUCAGUACCAUCUAUCGCCUCUUUAACGUUGUAAAUUCCACACAUUAGCAGCACAGCAUAAGAGCUGAUAGAAAAUGUUACUUACACCAAAUUUUGACCUCCCUACCCUGACAGUUAUAUUAUGUCCUUCAUUUUAAAUCUUCAUCCUCAAGCUGAACCUUCAAAGGUGUUUUUGACAGGUUUGUACCAAAACAUUAUUACAGCCUCAAUAACUCUAGCCUGGGACAGAAUUACUCAACCUUGCCAUUCUUGCUAAUGAAUUGAGACAACUAACUACUUCUGAGUGCUGACAUGUGUAUGCUUUGUGGAAGUUGGAUGACCAGAGGUGCUGUAAAUUGCAAUCAGAGGUAGAUUUUCUGUACUACUGUCUUUUCACUGCAGCGAGAGCUAUAAAUGGGUCUAUCCGUUUUGUACUUUG